GUAUAAAUACCUGGGUCUGCGGCCACCGACCGAUUCAACACAUGCGUUUUUGUCACAAGACUUGAGUGAAAAUACAUCUACAUACGCUCUCCAUUCCAUAUACAAAUCGUACAUUGUGUCCGACUUCGACAUCGUCAUUUACGGGCAUUGUUUUGGACAGAACAUUGAUUUUUAUCGGUUUUACCGAAAACCGUUUUCGUCACAAGAUAGUGUGUAUCCAUACAUUUGCUCUAUACCAGAAUAACCACAAGUGAAUCAUCAUGAGCAGAUUAGGCCAAAUGUCGUUGGUACUGUUGGCGGUGGCGGUGUGCACAGUUUACGGUCAAGUGCCGAGCAGCACGCCCUGUUCGCUGUCGUUCUACCGGUACCUGUUCAACUUGCCCGGCGAGCAGAUCCGACCAAACGUACCGGAAGGCACGUACAUGUUUGGCAAGCGGGUGGGUCCGCCCACACAGGAAGGCCAAGCGUCGGACGUCAAGCCGUCCGUGCUCCAAGCCCCUCAGUACCUUCCGCCGGUGCCGACCACCACGACCACGACCACGACCACCACACAGAAACCGUCCACGUCCGCGCCGAUUUACAUACCACCAGUACCGCAAAACAAUUACUACCCGGCCGAGUCCAUCAACACGGUGUCGGUGUUGCAACCGGCCAAACCGACGUGCGACCACCCGGAACACCAACACGUCGUGGACACCGGACUUCUGCCGCCGUACCCGACAGUCAAGUUCCAGCCGCAGCCCACGUUCAAGCCGCAGCCCACGUUCCAGCCGCAGCCCACGUUCUUCGUGCCCCGUUUCGUGGCCCCGGCCCAGCCCCAGGUCCCGGUGGCCAUCAGCGACAACGAGAUAUUCGUCGGACAACGGAAACCCGUGACCGUGCACAGGUUCGCCGUGCCCACGCCGCCACCGCAGUUCCUCCGGCCGUACAUCGCACCAGCACCGUCCGCCGCACCGGCCGAGAACUGCGACAAGCACGUGCACGUGACCAGCACCACCACCACCACCACCACCACCACCACGCCUGAGCCCAGCACGGAGACACUGGUGGAGACUCGCCAGAACGAGAUAUCCAUCGUCCCGGAAGCCAAGCACCCGGCCGACUGCGGCCACAAGCAACACAACGUGGUCAUCGAGUCCGUGGGCGUGCCGUCCACCGACUACGGCGUGGUAUCCGCCCCGGCCCCGGCCCCGUCCGCCGGCUAUUCGUACGACCGACCCAGCGAGCCUCUGGCGUAUCCGUCCAACGGUUACAACUACCCGAAGGGCAGCCCGUCGUUCGAAUACCCGGGCGCGUUCUCUGCCCAGGGAACCGCUCUGUUCGAGUCCGAAUCGCCUAAGUCGUCGGCCAGCGGUACCGAAGACGGUGACCUGGUCAUCCUCAAGGUCUAGGACGUCCUAACCUUCCGCUUGCGGAACACCGAAAAAAAAGAUCAAUAAAAAAAAAAUAAAAAAUAUAUCGUAAGACAUAAUAUUAUAACGACACACUAAGCGUACCCGCGCGUGUGUGUGUGUGUGUUUGUGUUUGCCUAUACGACGCCUCCUUAGUGUUAGUCAACCUCGACAAUUGGCGAUUCGACGACGCCGUCAUCACAUCAGAAUAUAUUAUAUUUCACGCAUCGUAAUUAAAUUAGUUUUAGUAUUAGAAUCAUUAAUAUAUAUAUAUAUAUAUUGUCAUGUAGGAUAAUAUAGUAUGCGUCCCAUCCGCAAUUUAGACAUUCGAGAAUUUAUUAUAUUAUAUCGUUACCAUUAGAUUUAUGAUAAAAAUUAUGUAGAACAAUAUACUAUUUGAUAUAAAUUAUUAUAUUGUUCGAUGUUUUUUUUUUUUUUUUUUUAAAUUAUGUAUAAAUUUAUUACCAUUUUAAUGUAUUGAUCGCGUAAAUUGAAUGUUUCAUUUUUUUUUUUUUUGUUCAUUAUUUUAAUUUCCUUUUAUAAAAUAUACUUUAGUCAAGUUUUUUAA